AUGGCGGGCAUUGCCAGCGCCGCUGCUGUUGAGAGCACCGCUCUGGAAGCUCAGACGAAGCUUCGGCAGCUACGAAACAAACAGAUUGUCGACCCAAAUCUAUCAGAUGGGUACGUUGACGAGGUAGAGGAUAUUCUCGAAGCAGGGAAUGUCGACGAAAAAGUCGAGGGUGUACAUCGUCUCUUGGAGGAAUCGCCGUAUCCCGAGGUCCGCGCUGCUGUGCGAAACUACGACGAGGAUGUUCCGGCCAACACAAUCCGUGCCUGGACCAUUGGCCUAAUGUUUGCAACGCUAGGAUCCGCACUCAACAUGCUAUUUUCAAUGCGCAAGCCUUCCAUCAUCAUCACGACCUAUGUCGCCCAGCUCCUAUGCCACCCCAUCGGCUUGCUGUGGACCGUGGUGAUGCCAAAUCGCGAGUUCAAGACUCUUGGGCUGCGCUGGAAUCUUAACCCGGGCCCAUGGAACAUGAAGGAACACUGCCUAGUAGUCAUCAUGGCCAAUGUGACCUUUGGUAAUGGCAAUUCGUACGCCACCGACAUUCUCCUCGCCCAGAUGAAGUAUUACAACCAGGAAUGGGGCUGGGGAUGGCAAAUUCUCCUGGUGGUCACCAUCUCUAUGUGUGGUUUCGGCAUGGCGGGCAUGUUCCGUCGCAUUCUCGUUGAUCCUGCGGCCAUGAUGUGGCCAAGCACUCUCAUCAACACGUCCUUGUUCUACGCCCUCCAUGACCAUGCGCCAUCAGACCCGUCACGAACCAACGGCUGGUCCAUUGGUCGGUACAAGUGGUUUAUGGUUGUCAUGGCUGGCUCUUUCGCCUGGUACUGGUUCCCUGGCUUCAUUGCCCCAUUUCUCAGUGUCUUUGCCUUUGUCACUUGGAUCAAACCUCAAGACCCAGUCAUUAAUCAACUAUUUGGAGGAUGGACUGGGGUGUCUCUCAUCCCAUUGACUUUUGACUGGACACAGAUAGCUGGUUACACGCUCUCACCCUUAAUCUUCCCUUGGCAUGCCCUAGCCAACUCGCUAUGUGGCGUGAUUUUCUUUUUCGUCUUCAUGGCGAUUGGUGUCCAAUAUUCCAACACCUUUUAUAGCUUGUACCUUCCCAUCAGCGACAAUCUCAGCUACGAUAACACGGGUAAUCCUUACAACGUCAGUAGGGUCCUCAACAAAGACUAUACUCUCGAUAUUGAGGCUUACAAGAGCUAUUCCCCAUUGUUUCUCUCUACGGUGUUUGCGAUAGCGUUUGGCAUUUCCUUUGCUACCAUUUCCGCCUUGGUUGUUCACUCUGUUCUCUAUCAUGGACCUCUAAUAUGGCAACAGAUGAGAAAUGCUGGACAGGUCGAUCAAGAUAUCCACCUCCGUCUGUAUUCAAAAUACACAAAGGUUCCUUUCUGGUGGUAUUUGGCGCUAUUCCUCAGCAUAGUCGGCAUAUCGCUGGCCGCCAUUCUCACAUACCAUACCGCUUUCCCGUGGUGGGGAUUCAUUGUCUGCAUGCUGCUCGCAUCGGUUUUCUACCUCCCGUUGGGUAUCAUUCAGGGAGCUACAAACGUUGGCAUUGGCCUCAAUGUGUUGAGUGAGUUUAUGGCCAGUUACAUGUUCACAGGACACCCUUUAGCAGUACUUCUCUUCAAGGGGUAUUCCACUGUAGCGCAAUCCCAGGGCAUCGCCUUCAACUCGGACAUGAAGAUGGCUCAGUACAUGAAGGUUUCGCCAAGAACCAUCUUCUUCGCACAGAUUGUGGCUGCUAUUUGGAGUUCCAUUGUUCAAGUAUCGGUCAUCAACUGGGCAUUGGGCUCAAUCGACGAUAUCUGCCAACCUCAUCAGAAGAACCAAUUUACAUGCCCAAAUGCAGAGACUACUUUCAACUCAUCCAUCAUUUGGGGAGUUCUUGGAGCACAGCGCGUUUUUGGCGUCGGCUCUUUGUAUGCACCUUAUCUUUGGUUCUUCCUCGUUGGCGCCAUCGUCCCUGUCAUCACUUGGUAUCUAGCACGAAAGUAUCCAAAGUCUCUCUGGCGCUUCGUCAACUGGCCAAUCAUCUUCGGCGGCAGUCUCAGUGUCCCUCCAGCCACCCCUCUGAACUAUAUAAGCUGGGCAAUCGUGGGUUUGUUUUUUAACAAAUGGAUCCGCGGACGUUACCGAGGGUGGUGGAUGCAGUACAACUAUCUGACGUCGGCUGGUCUCGAUGUUGGGCUUGCCCUUUGUACCAUUGUUAUUUUCUUUGCUCUGCAGUAUACCAAUACGCCAAUGACAGACUGGUGGGGUUCGACUACUGCUCUAAACACCAUGGAUAGCCUGGGCACAGCAAUAGUUCGACCACCUCCUGAGGGCGGUACAUUUGGUCCUAGCUCGUGGUGAUACAUUUUUCGGAUCUCUUGUUGAUGCAAGUUUUGAACUUAGGCGCUUUGAUAUCAUAUUCUAAUCUGCACUGUCAUUUUACGACAACCUGGUCGUGUAGCACGAUUCUUCGUUUUGGGGAAUAUGUAGACUUACUUAGCUGCUCACUAAUCUAGCCGUUGCAUUUACUAGAAGCAAGCGGCUUUCCAGAAGAUGCGGGAUUAAAAUUCCAUGCGUAAGGAAAACUACGUUGCCUACAAGGUAGCUGUAGCAUUCUGCAGAUCAAGCGUGGCAAUGUCACCUCGUUCGGAUAUAGCGCGA